AUGAUUGUUUUAAGGAAAACAAAAAUACUUUGCAUGAAAAAAUACUUAUCUCCUUUAAAAUGUGUAUAUUUAAGGUCAAAUUUUGCUACUGUAAAUUUGGAUUAUCAAAAAAGUAAGAAAAAAAAGGAAUACACUGGGAAAAGGAAGUUAUACUCACUUUUUAGUGAUAACUCAAAUAUAUGUGAUAGGUUAAUGUUAUUGAAAAAUUUACCCAGGGACAAAAAUGAGAAAUAUGAAGGAAUUAGUGCAGAGGUAAUAUACAAAUAUUUGCUGAAUAAAUAUAAAAAAUGUUUUAACUAUAUAAGCUUUAGUGAAAUAAUACAAAGCAUAAAAACAUUUGAUGAGUUGGACAAAAAAUUUAGUCGCGAUGGUGAUUUUUUCGUGUCAAUAAAGGGAGUAGAUAGCAGUGUUUUAUGCAAAAUAAAUGAAUUCGAAUUCAGUGAAAAGGAUUUACAUUUUCAUAGAAGGGAAGUAUUAGGAAAAAUUUGCAAUAGAUUGAUUAAAUAUGUGCAUGAAAUGAGCGGAAAUGAAUUAAUUCAUUUUAUGGUUUAUUUUUUUAGAUGGAAUAAAAGUGACAGUAAGUUGUCUCUUUUCUAUAAUUUUUAUUUUAAUCAUGUUUUUGAUAAUUUAUAUCUUUUUGGUCAUGAAAUUUAUAAGGUCCUUUUUAUAUUAAACACAUAUCUCAUUAAUAAUGAUUCUAGCAUUCUUUUUGAUGAACAUUUAAUGGGGAAAAACUUGUUUAAUGUAUACAAUUUCAGAGAAUUAAAAAACAAGGGGAAUUACUCGCUCAAAAUAAGCAAAGAUGAAAUUUACAAGAAAUGUUAUGACAAGUUGUUAGAGGACAUAGAUAAAAUUGAAAAGAAGAACGUAGUAAACAUUUUAAAGUUAUACGUUGACAAUUUAAGUAAAAAUAUUAACAUAGACAGGAAACUUGUGGAUAAUGUCCACAACAAUUUAACAGACGAAAACGUAGACUAUCUUGUAAAAUUGGUGAAUAUAUACUGUGACAUGAUUAAGAAAGAGGCAUAUUGCACUGUCUCGGUAGUUUCCAAGUUAAAGGACGUGAUUUUAUGCAUCUCUAAAUUUUUGAAAGAAAGAGAAAACGAAAAAAAGUUUCUCUCUGAUGUAAAUUAUAGUACACUACUAAAUUCGGUAAAUAAUAAAGAUGUUUUAAAUAAGAUUAUGGACAACACCUUUGGUCUGUUGUACGAACAUUUACUAAAAACUUUUUCGAACGUAAAAUUUGAAAAUCUUCAGGCUCUUUCUAUUUCACUCAUUUCUAUAAAAAACAUACACUUUACUUUAUUAAGAAGGAAAUAUUUCACCAAUAAUGGUUUAUUCAGCGCUACUUUGAAAUUCGGCUUAGAUGUGUCAAAUAGGUUCCUGGAGAAAUGCUUAAAAAUAAAUAAUAAAGAUGCAGUACACAUUAUACAUAGUAGUGAUGAUGUCGCAUCUAAUGGGAUAAAUCUGGAAAAUUUUCAGAAAGUAAAACUAGAGAAAAGAAGAGAAUAUUAUUUUUAUAAAAUAGAAAAUUAUUUUGAUUUUAAUUUCAAAUUGAAAGCUAGUGAUUUGUUGUCCAUUAAAGUUCUGUCUAACUCUUUCGCAAAGGCAGAACAGGUGAACAAUUCGUAUGAUUUUUAUUUACUGUUUAAUAACAUUUCGUGCAUCUUGUAUUAUUUUUUAGUAAAUAAGAAUACAAUAACGAGAUUUAAUGAUACAUAUAUAUAUGUUUUGAAUGACCUCUCUUAUGUAUACAAAAAUGUGAAAAAUAGAGCAUCACAUAGUAGCCUAAUUGCAAGUGGUGUUCAGAAGUUAUUUUGCAAAAACGUUUUAAAAGUCAGCGACCUUUAUAUUAAGAAUAUUCAUGAAGAAAAGAACUUCCAAAGAGAUCAGUAUGUGUGUUCCCUAAUAUUUCUGAAUAAUUUAUUUUCCGAUAGAAUUGUUCUUUUUGAACAUAUAAACAAUGUUUGGUACCACGUUUAUAAAGCGUAUAACUAUUUUAAACGCAAUACGAUGCUAAGCGAAGAUGUUAUAUCUUUAAUUCUUCUAACUUGUUCUAAGUUCCAAUUUUUUACUGAAAACAACUCAAAUAGCAGGUACCACAGAAAGGAGUUAAUUAGUUUAAAAUAUAAUAUCAUGGAUGAUUUGACUAGGAAUUAUUUAAACACAUAUAAGCACAUUUCCGUGGAUAACUUAUCAAAAGUUUUAAUAUCCCUGUCCAAUUCCAAGUAUAGGUAUGAAAUUAGCGAAGAUUUGUUAUUAGGAACUUUGAAAAAGGAAAUUGCAAAGGUUAACGCAAAAAAAAACGGCGACAGCUUUGCAUGUAGUAAGACUACAGAUAACGCUACUGCAAAGACAAAUAGGGGAAAUAUUCCUAAGGAAAUUGCGAAACGUGAUUUAUUUAUAAAUAUUAGCAAAAUUAUUGAAUGCUUAAUAAAGUUAGAUAUAUUUUUUUACCUAAAAAAUAGAGAUACUUACGUGCAGCUAUUUAUGAAGGCCUUCUGCAGUACGGGCCUAAAAUCGAAUCUAUUAAAAAAAUUGCUCUACAUAGCUAAUCACUUAUAUGUGUACGAAAUAUAUGGUUACGUUUCCGAAAUUUUGGAAAAAUUCGUAGAAAGAUACGGACAAAUUUCUUACAAUUUUAUGGAAAAUGUAGAAAAUAAGCUCUUUGAGAAGAUUGCAUAUUAUAUAUCGGAAGAUGACUAUAUCGAAAUGUCAAACACGUUCUGUGUGUUAUUUUAUGACUAUUUUGAAAGUUUUCAUAGGGAGAAGACGUACACAAAUGUGCUGUUUCUUCCGAAAUGCGGCACACAUUUUACCAAGCUAAACUAUGGAGGUGGUGGGCAUGACGUGGUACUAGAGACCGUUCAGAGCAAUGCUGAUAAUAACCCCAAAAAUGUUAUGGGCGCAUAUAGUGACAAUGCUGAAAAUGUUGUUAAUCAAGUAGGAACUUUACAGAAUUGUGAGAAUAGUACAAAUAAAGGCUUUCUAAAAAGGAGCACCCACGAAGCUGAUUUUUUCAUAAGUGAUAUCGUAAAUUUCUUUAAAUUCUUGAAGAUAGAUAGAGGCAAAUUUAUCCUAUUUCAACUUUACAUGUACCUUUCUAGUAGCAAAAAGUUCCAAAAGAGUGAUGCCUCAUCAUCGGCGUUUCAUAUGGAGGUGUUCAGGGUUUUACAGGAAAUUCAUCCAAAGUACCUGUGGGUGCAAAAUUUCAACAUUAAAAAUGAGGAAGGGACAUUUCUGUACACAAUCGACAUUAUGCUGUUCCAAGCGAGAGGGAAAGGUGAGGGCAUAUAA